AUUUAUGAGUCAUUGUUGUCGUCACUCAAACUCAAUGAUCAGUCAAUUGAAUGAAGAGUUUGUGUUUGUCUUCAUUUGGCAAACGAGUGGACAACUCAUCAAUUAAUUGAUUGCAUUUGAGAUCAGUUAAGACAAUCAAAGAUGACAUUAAUUCGUCGUUUGAUUUCGAGUCAGCGGUCGAUCACCGAAUUGGACGCAUUCACUAAAGUUGACCACAACUUCACUAAAGCGACGACAACCGGCGGAACUGUCUCACUCUUGAGUUACAUAUUAAUUGUCAUUUUGGUUGUCUUCGAGAUUUCAAUGUUUUUCAAAUCAAAAAUCAAAUUCUUGUAUUCCGUGGACACAGACUUUGAUAGUAAAUUAAAUAUAAAUAUUGAUAUAACAGUUGCCAUGAGUUGCGAAAGCAUUGGCGCCGAUAUCCUGGACUCGACUAACACUAACAAUGCCUAUACUUAUGGUCGACUCGUUGAAGAGCAGACAUACUUUGCGUUAAGUCCCGCACAGAGAUCGCAGUGGACUCUCAUAAGAGAAGUUAACAAUUACUUACGUAACGAACACCACUCUCUUCAAGAAGUCUUGUGGAAGUCUGAUGUCAUUAGUCAACGUAAAUACGAUCGCGAUUUGCCUUCCCGUGAAAUCCAGCCAAUCGGUCCUCCCGAUGCAUGUCGUCUUCACGGAACUCUUGUAGUGAACAAAGUUUCAGGAAAUUUUCACAUAACUGUCGGCAAACACCUACCGAUGCCCUUAGGACACGCACACAUCUCAUUGUUUACCAGUGAAUCAGAAUACAAUUUUAGUCAUCGUAUCGAAAGAUUAUCAUUCGGUGAAUACGUUCCGAGUAUUAUAAAUCCGUUGGAAGGCGAAGAAAAGAUCACACAAUCAAGGACCCAAUUAUACAAUUAUUAUGUUAAAGUGAUGUCCACUGAUGUUCAGACAUCUGAUUUGAAUCUAAAGACAUAUCAAUACUCGACCACUGAAAGUGAACGAGUAAUUGAUCACAGCUCUGGAAGCCAUGGAAUGCCCGGUAUUUACUUCAAGUAUGAUAUCGACGCCAUUUGCGCCAAAGUUGUUGAAGAAUAUGUUCCCAUUUGGAAGUUUAUGAUCCGUUUGUGUGGUAUUGUUGGCGGAAUUUAUGCCAUCUCUGGUCUAAUUAGUAGUAUUGCCAACACUAUUGUCGAUAUAGUCACCUGUAAAUACAUUUCAUCAAAUAUUUUGAUCAAAGAUAUUGACAACAAAGGCUUCCAAACGGUUGAAGGUUUUUCUGUUCCGAGUGAUAACCUCUCACUACUUUAUUCACCCGAAUCUAACCAACAAAACAAUGGUAUAAACCAGUGAUAUUAGUUCCCAAACUUUAGAUCUUUAUUUAUUUGCUAAAUAUUUUAUUGUAAAUAUAUUUUGAUAUUUUUAUUAAUUUUAAU